UACCUGGACAACUACGCUGUGUUGCCCUGACGACGGUGGCUAGGUCGCCGCAGACUAGAUUGGAAACUCGCUCGCGGCACGUCGAGCACCGUGUACCUGUCCAGAGAGCGUCGCGGUGCCUCAAUUUCCCGGGAAUACACUGCAACAAGCCAUGGGCAGCAAGAAGAAGGAAAUUGCCCUACAGGUUAACAUCAGCACCCAGGAGCUUUGGGAGGAAAUGCUGAGUUCCAAAGGACUAACUGUCGUCGAUGUCUACCAAGGGUGGUGUGGCCCCUGCAAACCCAUGGUGAGCCUCUUCCAGAAGAUGAGGAUCGAGGUUGGCCUGGACCUUCUGCAUUUUGCAUUAGCAGAAGCAGACUGUCUUGAUGCCCUUGAAAAAUACCGAGGGAGGUGUGAGCCGACCUUUCUGUUUUAUGCAGGCGGAGCACUGGUGGCGGUGGUUAGAGGAGCAAAUGCCCCGCUACUGCAGAAAACCAUCCUGGAGCAGCUGGAGGCUGAAAAGAAGGUGCUGGCUGAAGGCCGUGAACGCAAAGUGAUUAGAGACGAGGCUCUGUCUGAUGAAGAUGGAUGCUUCUCCCAUGACAAGGGCAGUAGUGAUGAUGAGGACGUGGCAUCAUCAGGGAAGACAUGCACCUUGGCCAUCAUUAAGCCAGAUGCUGUGGUCCACGGAAAGACUGAUGAGAUCAUUAUGAAGAUCCAGGAAGCCGGUUUUGACAUUCUAACAAAUGAGGAGAGAACCAUGACAGAGGCAGAAAUGCAACUUUUCUAUCAACACAAAGCUGGGGAGGAGGCAUUUGAGAAGCUGGUGCAUCACAUGUGCAGUGGACCGAGCCACCUCCUGAUCCUCACCAGGACCGAGGGCACUGAGGAUGUGAUCACUGCCUGGCGAAUGCUCAUGGGGCCCUGUGACCCUGAUGUGGCAAGGAGGGAGCAGCCUGACAGUCUCCGCGCUCAGUACGGCACAGAAAUGCCCUUUAAUGCAGUCCACGGAAGCCAGGACAGAGAUGAAGCCAACAGAGAACUGGCAUUGCUCUUCCCCACUUUUAAGUUUUCAGACGAAGUUCUAGAAGCCUCUCUGGGCCAGGAGGCUGAAGGAGGAGCUGUGGGCCCCACUGAGGUGCUUCACUCGCCUGAGGACAUGGACUGAGACGGCCGUGUGGCUUUUCUGGAGCAUGUGACCAGGGCAAGGCCAUGAGGCCACAAGAUGGAAUGUCCGUGCACUCCAGUCUGCUGCACAGAAGGAAGCCUCCAGAAAUGGAACUUUUCAGCACCAAUACUUUCCUGGUUUAGCUAUCUCUCAUGAACAAUAAACAGUGUAUAUAC